AUGUCUGAACUGGUUGGAAAUUACAAAUUGGGGAAUGACUUAAAACAUCUAAAGGCAUCGAUAGGACUAUGCAUUCCGAGUAUCGCGCAUAAUACAUACGUCAAUAGCCUGGUCAUUGGCAAGCAAUUGGCCAAAAUCGACUCGUUUCAGCAGAUGAUGAAUAUGCCAAUUAUGGUCCCGUUUUUCUUGAUCAGCGGUUUUCUACAAUCUUACGGAUAUAUAAAGCGGUCGAAUGCGGACAAGUCGUCGGCUAUUGAUUACUUCAUUCCCGUCCGAAAUAUUGUCAACCGCUUCGUACGCCUCACCCCAUCAAUAGCAGCAGCCAUUGGUGUCGCCAUUUUGUUAACUGUAAUGGCGUCCGGACCUAAAUGGUAUUGGUUUGCGGAUUUAGUCGAGAACACUUACAUGUGA